UUCGCCCGUUGAAGGGAUCAAUUGAUGAAUGUCAGAUGCGCACGCUUAAGCUUAACUUUGCGCUUUCCAAAGGCCACUAACUGUACGACUACCGCUCGCCGUUACUCUCCAGAUGGCUCAUAGUCACAGUACUAUGGCCUACACCCUACCUAUCUCUCUCUCUACGCCCCUAAAUAAUUCUUCCAUUUUUCUCUCUCCGCCGUCGACCAUGGCGGAUCUUUACGGACUCCAUCCCCUCGCCGAUAGCUCUUACCAGUCAUCUUCAGCGACGACGUUGGAUAGCCUUGCCCUUCCUGCUAAUUAUCCGAUGGCUUCUGACGAUUAUUCUCAUCUACUUCCGGCUUUUGAAUCGGAACUUUUGCGGCCGGUUUCAUCUGCGGCGUACGACACCGCUGAGGUGGCGGCUGAGAUUGAAACACCGCGUGCUAAUUCCGAGGAGUCCGCCGGUGAAAUUAAAGCGAAAAUUGCUUCUCAUCCUCUUUACCCUAAGCUUGUCGAUGCGUUUGUGAACUGCCAAAAGGUCGGUUCACCGCCGGAGUUCACUAAUAUUAUAGACCAAAACAACCGUGGAAGCGACAUUAUUGGCCAAGAAACUUCCGGCGUUUCAACUGGCUUGGGUUCCGAUCCCGAACUCGACGAGUUCAUGGGAACAUACUGCGGUAUACUGGCAAAAUGCGUGUUGGAUCUCUCCCAGCCCUUAGUGGAAGCAUCUUCCUUCCUCACCAACAUGGAAAUGAAGUUAAACGUGCUUUGUAACGGUAUUCCCACAGGCUACGUUUCCGAUGAAGCUGCUUCGGAAGAGGAUACAAGUGUGGGAGAAGUGCAAGACUCUGAUUUUCUGGUUCCAGGAAGUGAAGAUCGCGAGCUGAAGAAACGACUUGCUCGCAAGUAUGGUGGUCAUAUUUGUAGCUUAAAGCAGGAAUUCUCAAGAACUAAAAGGAAGGAAAAUCUACCGAGAGAAGCCAAACAAAUCCUGCUUCAGUGGUGGAACAUCCAUUCCCAAUGGCCUUAUCCCACUGACACAGACAAAAUUGAGUUGGCCGAGUCCACAGGCCUAAACCAGAAACAAAUAAACAAUUGGUUCAUAAACCAGAGGAAACGGCAUUGGAAAGCAUCGGAAAAUAUGCAAUAUUUUGCUGUUAUGUAAGGAUGAAUGAGGUGGUUGCUUCUCCUUUCUUUGUCAACUUCCUUCAAUCUUCAUGUGUAUUUUUCUGAAUCUGUGUGCGAAUUUUUACUUUACCUACUGUGUAUAACCUUGCUGAUUUUCAGUAGUAGUAUUAUUAUUUGAGGCGUUUGAGAAUUUUGUUUAGUUGAUGUAGCUAGCUGCAUAGUUCACAAAAGGAAGAGUCCAUCUGAAUUAAUCAGUACCAUGGAGUAGACUUUCUGAAGAGAAGGAGGUUAUUCUUUAUCAGAUAAUACCAAAAAUUGUUGAAUCAUAUUCAAGCCCAAGUUUUGAAAGUAUAUGCAUUACAUGAUCUUCGUGACUUAUUAAGUCACUUCUUCCCGACUAUUGAUACCAUCUUAAAUCAUCGAUUGACCUACAUGUUUAAGUUGAUGGAGGAAGACAAAUUUAAUAUUAUAUCAUUCAACAAACUUCAUUGUCGGUAGGGUUUGGAACUCCUACAUAUCCAUUUUCUGAAUUAGUCAUCUCCGCAUGAAUUUUAGCACCCAGAACUUUGUGCUUCCCACAGUAGGAAAUUUUCCACGUCCAACUGUAUUGAUUUUGCUUCUUGGAUUGAUAGUCUUGAAAUCUUCAGAGUAAUGCAGAGAAUUUUUUUUACCGAUA